UGCCUUGCCAGGAGAACAGCUUGCUUGAAAUGCAAAGGCUGUCAUCCUGUAAUUAAAUCUGAGACCCCCCCCUUCCUACAUGACGCCGAGAUGAAGCCACUUAUAUAACGCAACUAAAAAUAAGCUUGUGGAGACAUACACACGGGCGCUCCCCACCCCCAGCCCGUCUCUACUGCUGCCCACCCUGAACCAGUGACCUGCAGCACUGUGGAUCAGAGGUUAUUCCUGCCGUGGACCCUGGGCUCAGCAUUACCCAUGCAGAGAAUGGAAGGCUAGUGCUCAGGGGAGUGGACACGUGGAUUAUGGCUGGAGGGCUGCAGAUCGCUACUCCGGGAAGACCGACAGUCCCAAGGGAGGAAAGCAAGCAGCAUGUGGACAUUGGUCUGUCUGUCUGUGCUUCCAGAGACUCUCCCAGAGCUGCCCAUUCACUGAAACCUGCUCCCGUCCAUCCCAGAGCUUGGACUAGUGAGCCCCAUUCCCACCUCAGCACAGUACAAGAAGAGCAGAGGCAGCCGGAACUGUGCUGGAACCCCGUGCGCCAACCUGGUCAGUUUCCUCAGCCAAGCCUUACACGGUACGGUCCUUAAACCACCAGCCGCGGGGCAGCUCCAAGCUGUGCGGGGAGGCUCCUCCCCCGGAGCUUUCCACCCCGUUCCCUACCGCACCACCCCCGAGGAUUCUCUCCACGCCCCACGCGCGCCUCUCCUGGCUCCUCUUCCCAGAAUCCCAAACCCAACCGCCUACCUCUACCCCUCCACCCUCCGUCCAGCGUCUGCCCACCUCCAGGGCCCGCCCCAUGGCCCACCCUGUCCCGAGCCUGCCCUCCAGGGUUCAGGGUCCUCCCUCUAGCUCAGCACCCUCCUCCGUCUCCACCCACUCCCGCCCCGGGAGUCCUCCCUUCCGGAAGACCGUCGGGGUCGACGCACGCCUCGCCGACUCACCUGCAAUAGCGCGGGAGCCACCGGCGCACUCCUGCGGGACCCUCGAGGGCCUGCAGCCCGUACCGCUUGCCUCCCGAGCGCCGCCUCCACGCGCGCUAGCGCCGGUGUCCCCCGCGCCGCCCACACCCCGCGCUUGCUCUUCCUGCGCCACCCCGCCCCCGCUUUCCGCCCCCAGCCCGGCUGUCGCUCCGGCCCCCUCAGGCGGCUCCGGGGCCUCAGCGCGCGCCUCGCCUCCGCCUCCCAGCGGCCGGCCAAUCGCUGCCCGCAGCCGGCCUCCGAGUCCCGCCUCUAUCCCCGCCCUUCGCCCCCGCCUCCGAAACUCACCAAUGGGAAGAACGGCGCAGGAGCGGGCCUGGCGGUUGCCUAGCAGCGGCUGGGUUGGGCGGGGGCGGACAGCCGGGGGCGGUGAUCCGGGCGCGGCGGGGGCGGGGCCCGGGGGCGGGGUCUUUAUGGGGUGGGGCCUUCAGCGACUAUAA